AGGGACGCUUCGGCCAAAGCAACAGGAUGGAUCAGGAAGACGGGCUGACGGCCGUGGACAACAUAGUCACUCAGUUCAACACCUAUGAAGAUUUCCUCGACUCGCAGAUCACUACGGUGGACCUGUACUACUUGGAGGAUGAAGGCCUGGCUCGCCAGUUGGUGGAGCUAGGCUACCGGGGGACCGGAGAGGUGGUGAAAAGGGAGGAUUUUGAAGCAAGGAAGGCAGCUAUAGAGAUUGCAAGGAUGGCUGAAAGAACUCAGAAAAAGACAUUAACAAGUGCUGGUAAAGACCUGAAAGACCAUUUUCUGAAGGCUCUGGCACUGAGAGAAGAAGACAAUUGCAAUGGAAAAGUGAGCGUUUUGGCAAAUUAUGAAUAAAGCACAUCUGAGUCAGCUUUUGCGUGGGC